CUCCACUCGUGAAAGACCUUCGUUAAAAAUUCAAAUAGUGUAUUGUUAUUGAAAUUUUUUGAAAUAAUAUACGUUUAGGCAACAGGUUUUGUGUUGAAUUAUUUUUCGUCGCAUUGUUCCAUAUCAAAGGUUCUCUGUCAGUUCAUUGCUGGACGUUGAGCAAUGAAAAUCUCUGCCGACUCUAUCAUUAUAAUUUGAUAGUAUACGCAAUUUUGUGAUAAAUUUUGCAAGACUUCGUAUUUCGUAACUUACUCUAAAAGAUGGACGAUAAGGAAUUUCGGGAGUUUGGAAAAGCUGCGAUAGAUUACAUUGCUGAUUAUAACGAAAACUUACGCGAACGUGAUGUGCUACCUAGUAUUAAACCAGGAUAUCUUGGUGACCUUCUACCAAAACAAGCUCCUUUAAAACCGGAAUCUUGGCGUCAAGUGUUGGAAGACGUUGAAAAACACAUUAUGCCUGGGGUCACCCACUGGAACUCACCACAUUUCCAUGCAUAUUACCCUACAGCAAAUUCGUAUCCCGCUAUCGUAGGAGAACUCUUAUGUGCGGGUAUAGCUUGUAUAGGAUUUUCAUGGAUUUCAUCACCUGCAUGUACCGAAUUGGAAAUGGUAACAAUGGAUUGGUUGUGCAAUCUACUUGGUUUACCUGAUCAAUUUUUGAACUCCAGCCCAGGACAUGGCGGUGGCGUAUUACAGGGAUCGGCGAGCGAAGCAACUCUUGUAGGCUUACUGGCGUCUCGGGAAAUAACUGUUAAUCGUAUCAAGAAAGAACAUCCUGAUUGGGAUGAAAGUGUUAUAAGAUCAAAACUCAUUGCUUAUACUUCGGAUCAGUCGAAUUCGAGCGUUGAAAAAAGCGGGCGUCUUGGCGCUAUGCCAAUGAGACUUUUACCAACAGACGAAAAAUGCCGUUUAAGAGGCGCCACACUUUUAGAAUACAUAAAGAAGGAUAUGGAAGAUGGCCUCAUUCCAUGUUACGUCGUUGCUACCUUGGGAACUACUCCAACUUGUGCCUUCGACGAUCUUGAUGAGCUUGGACCGAUAUGCAACAAAUACAAUAUUUGGCUCCACGUAGAUGCAGCAUAUGCUGGUGCAGCUUUUGUUUGUCCAGAAUAUCGCCAUCUUAUGUCAGGCGUGCAAUAUGCUGACUCUUUUAAUUUUAAUCCGCAUAAAUGGCUUCUAGUAAAUUUUGAUUGUUCAGCCAUGUGGGUAAAAGAUUCUCGCUAUUUGACGGAAGCAUUCAAUGUGGAACGUAUAUAUCUCGCUAAUAAUAAGCUAGGUGCUGCUCCAGAUUAUAGGCACUGGCAAAUACCACUUGGUAGACGUUUCCGGGCUUUAAAACUUUGGUUUGUACUGAGAUUAUAUGGAGUAGAAGGUCUACAAAACCACAUAAGACGAACUAUAAAAUUAGCUAAACAAUUUGAAGAAUAUGUGAAAAAUGAUGAUAGAUUCGAAAUACCUGUAGAAGUAGCAAUGGGGCUGAUCUGUUUCAGAUUGAAGGGUGAAGACGAUCUUUCGCAAAAGCUUUUAGAUAAACUUAUGGCAAGACGGAAAAUUUACGUAAUUCCUGGAGGGUAUCGCGAUAAAUUUGUUAUACGCUUUGUAGUUUGCAGUCGUUUUACAAUACAAGAAGACAUAGAAUUCGCUUGGAAUGAAAUAAGUAGUCAAGCCUCUGAAGUUUUACAGAAUAAUACACAAGUUAAAGCUUUGAACGGCGAUUGUGAUAUUUCUACAAAGGAAGUUACAGGAGAAAUAGCAUCAAGAGUGAAAAAUUUGGAAAUAGAAAACAAGAAGUUUCAUUCGACAUUUAUGAUCAAAUGAUAUUUAUUUCGGCUACUGCGAGAUUUUCGAUCUCUUCCUUCCUGAAUGUAAAUUCUAACUAAUUCUAAGUGCAUAUUACUGCUAAGUACCUUUUGUCUUAUAUACAGAUAAAUUGCACGUAUCGUAAAUGCUUAAUAAGAUUGUAUUUGUUAAAUGUUUAUACCUUUUUCGUUAUAAAUAAUUGUUUUUCGCAGCCAGUGAAUAAAAAAAGGUCCUAUCACAGA